CAGACACAGUGCUUCGGGGGUAGGCACAGCCGUGGUGAGGCGGCAGGUGAGGGAACGACGACGAGGUACGGUGGAAAGCAUACGGCGGAGAGCGCACCGCGGGGACCGGACCACGACGAGCGGACGGCGGAGAGCGCACCGCGGGGACCGGACCACGACGAGGUGAGGACGGCGGAGCGGGCCGGAGCACGCGGAACGGUUCACGGAGGUCACAGCAACACGCGGGGCGGGGAUUCCCGGACUGUCCCAAGCACCGGGAUCGUUUUUUUUUUUUUUUUACCCUGGCCUAAUCUCAUCACUUGUUUCAAGCAAAUCAUGUCACGGAGAACCACUCCCCUUCAGGAUGCCAUUAAUCACAUCCUUGCAAGAAGAGACAAGAAUUCAAUGUUAGAAAUCAAAUUUAUUAAUUCAGUUAAAGGUCGUGGCAUCUUCACUUUAGCCAAUUUCAAACAAGGAGACUUUGUGGUCGAGUAUAGAGGGGAGCUUAUUGAUGCAACUGAAGCUGAACACAGACGUAACCUGUACCCCAGCGCAUGUUCAGUCUUCAUGUUUGAAUUCAUAUGGAAGCAGAAGACAUUGUGUAUUGAUGGAGCACUUGAAGAUGGGUCAUUUGGGCGACUAGUAAACGAUGAACACAGGACACCAAAUUGCAGAAUGAAGUUGAUUGAAGCAGAAGGGAAGCCACAUCUCUGCCUUUUUGCACUGAAGGAAAUUGCGGCAGGAAGUGAAAUUACUUAUGACUAUGGUGGGAAAGAAUGGCCCUGGCGGAAAAAGCUAAAGAUCGCAAGCAUCCCUUCUGGUCAACAGUGUGUUGCAGAGCCUAUUGCCCAUGACGUGGAGCACCAUGUGAUCUCUACAGACUCAUUCACAGACAGAGAAUUAAGAGCAGAGUGUCAGUCAUCUAGACCUACAGCAGACAACUCUGAGCAUGAGGUGCAUUCUGUUGGAGGUCAGCGUGACACUUCUUCUCUGAAAGAGUUAAUUGGUGAAGUUGGUGUCCAGUAUCAGGAGUUGUCACCCCAAGCGUUCUCAGAAGAACUUACCAGUGAGAGCAAAUCGAAAGAGGUGCCACAAUCAUCCAGAGCUGUGCCUAAUGACUCUGCUUGUGAGUGUACAAUUCAUAGGCUGAUAUUUGAAUCGGUGAAACUUGACAAAUGCGGGAUAUGCCAUUCACCUUUGACAGCUAUCAGAUGGCACGGUCUAAGAUGCAAGCAUGACCAGGGGAAUGAUGCCUGUGUGACUUCUGGUUCACCUCCUGUCCCUGACUCAGUUACUAAAGGUUUACGUGUUUCAUCAAGGCGGUGUGUGAAGAGACCAUGGUCUGAGGAGGAGAUAGGAGCGGUGAUGAAACAUAUGAAGCCUUUUAUUGAAAACGGUAUCACUGUCACCAACCAGCAGUGUCUGAAGUGCAAAGAAAAGGAACAACCUAUCUUGGAGACGAGAUCUAUUCAAAACAUUCGAGAUUUUGUGCGCAACAGAGGACUGGCCUUUAAAAAAAAAAAAUAAAUGUUAAACACUAAAUGCACUUUUUGACAGUCUGAGCCUUUACCUUUCUGGGCCUGAUUUCAAGGUUAGUGUUCUCCAUUCAAAAAGUAUGUAGUUGACUUCACUGUGCUCACAGGCAGUGUUUUGUUUUGAUGUGUGGUUAGCCUGAGUCUUUUAAUGCCAGGAUUCACUUUUAUUUUCCUUCAAUAAUUGUUACAAUGCUGUCCUUUUAAGGAAUUGAUUAUUGAGUUGGUUAUAUUAAAUAUAGUUCAGUAAUUCAACAAAUGUGUUGUGUGUUGAUAUAAGUCUUAUGUAUAAGUCAUGGUGUCAGCCCGACUCACCCCUGGUGUGCAAAGGUGCUGUUUUAUUGGUCAGCCACUCAGUGCCAGUUUCUUCAGGACAAUGAAAAACUCUAUAAUACAUAGUUUGUUCUAGUUGAUGCAAGCACUGUUGUGUUAUGCUUCUAGUUGUUUUAAUGACACUUUGACCACCUGUUAGUAGAUCACAACAGAUAUGAUCUGUGGUGUUUUAUGUAAGCUUGUAUGUCAGAUUGUAAUGCUCAUCAGAGAAAACCAAAAUGUAGUCUUUUUAUUAUUUUUUAAUUUAUUCAUCCAUCCAUCCAUCUUCAACCGCUUAUCCGAGGCCGGGUCGCGGGGGCAGCAGCCUAAGCAAAUUUAUUCAAUUUUACUAUAAUGAUGUAUCAGUCACAGUCUUAUAAUACACGUUCUUUUCUAAGAAGGUUAUACUUAGUGCAUGUGUGAGUAUAUGUACAGUGAACUGGCUUUACACACCAUGUGUCCUUUUAAACCAGAUUUACUCAGUGUGUGUGUGUACAGUAGACUGGCUUUACACACCAUGUGUCCCUUCAGAACAGACUAUACUUUGUGUAUAUGUAUGAUGACAUCACUGACCUUGUACACCAGACUGUCCUUAUAGACCGAGCUACAGAAAAGUCUCUACAAACCACCAGAAUGUCUGAAAAAA